AUGCUAAAAGAGGCAUACCAACAGUGCCAAGACCUGGACGCGAAAAUCGUCGCCAUGGCGGAUCUACAAGCCAGAUCAACUCUUCAGUACUUCGUCGACAACCAUUUCGAAAGAUGUGAGGAGUGCUAUCAGGAGUCCCUGGACUACAUGUCGGAGAUCCUGGAUAAGACAUCCUCGACCCAGGAGACAGCAUCCGAGAAAGGGAAUCUUCAACCAGUGAAGCUACGCUCGCAAUCGUUGCUGCCUCAAAUCCAGCUGCCGUCUUUCGAUGGAACCUUCGAACAAUGGGAGAGUUUCCGAGAUAAGUUUCAAUCUAUAGUAAUUAAUGAUAAUUCUUUGUCAAAUGUUGAGCGUUUGCAUUUUCUUUGUUCCGCUUUAACCGGCGACGCAAAAAAAGCAGUUAAUCAUUUACCUACCACCGAUGCAAAUUUCGAGGUCGCGUGGCAGUUAGUUAAAAAUAGAUACGAAAACAAACGCCGGUUACUUUCGACCUAUUUAAAUAAUUUGUUUUCGUUACCGCAAGUGACCUCUGAAUCUGCGAAAGAGCUCUGCAGUUUACGCGAUCAGUUAAACGUUUCGAUACACGGUUUGAAAAAUUUGAAACGACCCGUCGAACAUUGGGACGACGUAAUUGUUUUCCUCGGUACACAAAAACUUGACCGUUCCUCCCGAAAGGCGUGGGAGUUACAAUUCGGUGAUACAUCAGAAUUGUCUACUUAUGUCGAAUUCGACAAGUUUUUGGAGUCUCGAGUUCGGGCUUUAGAGUCAAUAUCGCCAAUAAAAACUGAUAAACCGGAAAACGUAACUGUUAAAUCAAAACCGAAAACAAUUUCAACGAACACGUCUACCGUGUCGCCAAUUAUAUGUCCUGUAUGUAAACAGAACCACUUGUUAUAUCAAUGUCAAACAUUUCAGGCGCUUGAGCCAUCCGAACGGUUUAAAUUAAUUAAAUCCCAACGAAGAUGCGUUAAUUGUUUUUCCCGCGAAGCAUGCGAAAGAACAAUGCCACAGUCAAAGAAGCUGUAA